AUGGAAGGUAGUAAGGAGAGAAAAGAAGAGAAAGAUUUAAAAAGUGGAAAUCCUCUCCAUGGAAAAGAAAAAGUGCCUCUCCCCGAAAAUGCUCGUUCUAACUGGAAUGUAAUGCCAGUAAGGGGUAAAGUCACAGAUAAAUGUUUGUGGUCUGCUUGCAAAGCUAUGACGGCCGGAUUCUUUUUUAUAGUUGUAGGAGCUGGAAUGGCAACACUCGGAUUUUAUUCUGAUCAUCUAUCUACAGUGGAAGAAACGAAAGGUAACACUACAGUUUGGGUAAAAAAUGAGAGCAAAGAUACACAUUUGGGAAGUCUUACCUAUUUAGGGCCAGUAGUUAUGGGUAUUGGGGGUUUUACAAUUGUCGCAGCUUGUGUUAUGACAUUUGAAGCUCGAGAUACUGCGGCAAAAAUUGUUCCGAUUUGGUUUCGAAGAACAAGAAUACAUGUUGUUUCAGGAGGCAGUGGCAGCACACCCUCCGGAAGAUCGAGUAAAGCCUCGUGGGAAAGAUUUUUAAGUCAGACUAGGACGAGUGAAGAUGCAGGGGAUUCUAGAUCAGCUGUUACUCAAGCGUUAGUAAAUUUCAGCAAAUAUUUGCAGAACAGCGUUGAUGCCAAUAAAAUUUCACAGCAUGGCAAUUUACCAGCUAACCAGAAGGCUCCAGGCAUUCGUAAGUGUCCAUCUGAACCAAAUUUGGGAAAGCUAUUGAGAGACGCAAAUGGAAAUAAUCUUCAAGAAGCAAUGACGUUACUCGAAGCUAGUACACCACAACCAUCUCAACGAACUACCUAUGGAGGAGGACUGAAAACAAUGACAAGAUCGUCGAAGCCCCAGCUGCUUUCGGUAGCCCCCGAUACGUAUCGUCAAGCCGUUUCGAUGGAUUGUCCAAGAGUAAGUAGCAUGAACGAAAGUGAUAAGGAAAGUCCGAUGGCUGAUAAAGCAGCUGAACAUGUACUUCAAACAUCUGAAAGAAAAGGGGCACCAACUCUUCCUUUUCAAACAUCAUGCGCUACCAGCUCAAGUGGCUCCAUGUCUGUUGACAUAUAUUUGCCUCAAGGAGCAGUAACUCUAAAAGUUCAUGAUGAUAUGAAAGAUCAUAAACGAUUCGCCUUACGACCUGGUGACUCUGAUGAGAGUCGAGGAACAAAAUUUAGUCAACAAAGCGAUAUUCAAUCGUUUGGUGAUGAUGAUGAUUUUUUGGUUACAGAUAUAGACGAUAGCGUCUUUCUGAAUCCGGAUGUAGCUCUUUCAACACCUCAAAUUGUUCUCGAAACCUUAGACUCUAGAGACUCAGAUAUGUUUUCAAAAGCAGAGAGCGGUGACAAUCAUUUUCAUUCAGAAUAUAUCGAAAAGACGCCAGUAAUAGAAGACUGGGUGUCAUAUCCUACCGCCUUUAUUUCUGCAGGAAAAAAUUCCGAGUCCUUAGAAGCUUAUUCACCUGAUGAAAGUCCAAAAUCUUUAAGUCCAACUCAGUUUUCUGUUGAUUACACAGACAAAGACUCUCCUGGGGUUAGCAUAACUUCCGUGAUAUCAAAUCCAUUAUCAUCUAGAAUUUGUGAUCGACAUUCCCUCUCUCAGACGGAUACAAGUUUUUUCAACGUCAGUUCCCUAGGGUCAAUGGACUCUUCCCAGGAUAUCAAUUCUCCGGCAACAUUUGGCCCCAGUUCACAAUUUUUCCUCUAUAACCCAGAGUCUAUAUCGGAAAUCAAACACUCAGGUACAGACGAAAGUACUAUUUCUGCUAGUGUCUCACAUGAUAUCGCAAGCAGAACUCAAGUGAAUCCAUCAAUUUCCGAAAGCUCUAGAAGACACCAGUCGGUUACUAUAGAUUCAGAUUCAAACGAAAGUGGAAGCAAAAUAAGCUCUAGGAAGCACAGCUCUUUAGAAUCGGCAGAAAUAUUUUCUUCGAAAUCACAACCUCGAAGCGCUAACUCUCCUAAAAGACAACAGUUUUCUCUCGAAAGCUCAGACAGAGCCUCUCACGACAUGCUGCCAACUACAUUUUCUCGAUAUUUAAGUCCAUCCGGGCUCACCUCUCCAACUUCACCUUCAGCAACGGUUCUUACAUUUUCCCCGAGAAAAAGUCGUUCCGAGAGUUUACCUGAAAGACGACAGGCGCCAUCUUUAAAGAGAUUUCCUCUUCUCAGACAAGUUGCUCUUGAUGCAUUUGCUGAAGAAGGUGGUUCCACUCAUCGUCUUGACCGUUCUCAAACACAGAUUUCUUCCAAAGAUAACUAUUUUAAACAAGUCUGA